AGCAUCAUGACCCCAAAUUCUGGGCGACAUGGUCUCAUUGGGACAAAUGGGGUGCUAGGAUUCCCAUUUCAUUUCUCUUCUAUGACAAUAUUGGCUCUCAGGUCAAAGCUCCAGAAAAAGAAGGCACCAUUUUCUUACAGAUCAACAUUUCUUAUUGGGUGCAUCAUUUUCUGGUCGAAGCACUGGUACUGACGGUCAGAGGGAUGCUCUUGGAAAAGUUUCCACAAGUUUUUAUUUUACAGCCUCAUUUAUAGUACUGAAAUGUAUCAACACAAGUUCUUGGCCACGUGAGUUUCAACCUUCAACCUUCAAUUUUAAUUGAAAAUUGUAAUUUCAAGGUUUUACAAAUGGUUCUCAAAGAUUAUGGUCGGAAUAUAUAUCAUAUCUAUCCACUGGAAAAAAUAGAGGGAAAGGAAAGAGGUUUAAUACAAUUUCACAGAUGAAGUUGCAAGGUGAUAAAAUUAGAAGAAAGGGGAUCUCUCUUUAGCUAUUGAGGUGAAGUGGAGUGAAGUUUCAACUCCCUAAAGAUACACUUGAUAUUGUGUUGAUGUCAAUGACUUACAUUAACUUUCCUUUUGAUUUGUUUCUUCCAAAAAGAAAUCUUUUUGGUCGUAGACAUGCUUUUUGGAUAGAUUUUAUGUAUAAUGAUAGUGAUGAUAAAAUUUAGUUCUUGUUUGUUAUGUUUAGUGUAUCUUUGUAGUUUAACAUAUUUGCAUAAAGAAACAUGUCAUGGUAUUUGAUUUAAAGGAAUGAUGUUAGUGGGAAUAUUCUUUAUUUUUGUGUACAAAUUAAGGUAUAUGCCAUUCCCAACCAAAGAAGAAGAAGAUGCAGUAGUCAUCUUAUUGGUUUGGAUUGGAUUGUUUCUGUCUGAGCUUUGGUUCACUCUUUAUUGGCUUGUCACACUUGUGGUUCGAUGGAAUCCCGUAUAUCGUCACACUUUCAAAGACAGGCUAAUUCACAAGUAUGGGGAGAAGGAUUUGCCGGGGGUGGACAUAUUUGUGUGCACAGCUGACCCAAAAGCAGAGCCACCGUUGAUGGUGGUGAACACGGUGUUGUCAGUGAUGGCUUAUGACUACCCUCCACACAAGCUUAGCGUGUACCUUUCUGACGAUGGUGCUUCGGAGUUGACAUUUUAUGCUCUGUUAGAGGCCUCUGAAUUCUCAAAGAAAUGGCUUCCUUUCUGUAACAAGUUCAAAAUAGAACCCAGAUCUCUUGAGGCUUAUUUGACCAACAAUGAAGCUUCUCAACCACUCGAUGAUCAUCAUGGUCAAUGGACCUCCAUCAAGAGAUUAUAUGAAGACAUGAAGACAAGAAUUAAAAGUGCUACAAAAGUUGGCAAAAUUUCAGAAAUGUUACGAAGAACACACAAGGGGUUUCUUGAGUGGGACUCGGUUUCAAGGCAUUACCAUUUACCUGUAUUAUUAUCGAUGGAACAUGGAAGAGAUCCCAAGGCUGUGGACAUUGAUGGGCAUGCUUUGCCAACUUUGGUAUAUUUGGCACGUGAAAAGAGACCCCAAUACCACCACAACUUCAAAGUAGGGGCGAUGAACUCACUGAUAAGAGUAUCGGCCCAAAUCAGCAAUGCUCUGAUAAUUCUCAACGUGGACUGUGACAUGUAUUCGAACUACUUAGAAUCAGUGAGAGAUGCAAUGUACUUCUUUUUGGAUAAAGAAAAGGGUCAUGAGAUUGCAUAUGUUCAGUUUCCACAAGCAUUUGAGAAUCUCACAGAGAAUGAUAUUUACAGCAGUUCCUUGAGACUUACAAUGGAGGUUGAUCUUCGAGGAUUUGACUCUAAUGGAGGGCCUUGCUAUAUUGGCACCGGGUGCUUUCAUAGAAGGGAAUCUCUGUCUGGUAAGAAAUACAAUGAGGCAAGUAAUAAAGUAUACUCGAAUGGAAAAGAAAGAAUGAAGAUAAGGGAAUUAGUGCAGAAGAUAAGCAUUUUACUAUGAGUUCAAAGUACAAUCAAUACACCAUUCAAGCAGCUGAACCAAUGGAAGAGUAGGGAGAAGUUUCACUAUACUCUUUUUAGUUUUUCAAAUAAUAUUCCAUAUAUUAAGACUUUUUUAAUAAUUUUUUCUUCUAUUUUAAGAUCGAACAUUUUCUUUAAUUUUAGUUACAUAAUGUUUGUUUUAAAUUUUGCAAAACUUAUAUCUUGUUCCUCUAAAUUCUCUAUAAGUAAAUAAUAAGUAUUAUUUUGUUAUGA